ACACUCUUCUAGACUUGUCACUGCGUGAAAUAGUCACACGAACAUCUCCAUGGCGUUCAUUCCAUUUUUAUAAUACUUCCGCGUUCUAUUCUAUAAACGCAACAAAUUUUAUCAAAUUUGACUUCCCUAGUUUCCAAGAACAUACUUAACAUUAAUGCUUUGGACUGUGAAGUGUUUAAUUGAUCUUUACAAAAGAAGAUAAAGUGAUCGUCAAGAUAUUUUUGUAAAUAUGGAAGAUAAUCAAGAGCCAGUCUCUGAUGCAAGUUCCAAUUUGGAUAUGGCUUGGAGCGAUUGCAUAUUUCCUCUCAAGGAUUUUAUUGAAUUGUAUCCUCUUCCUCAAAUGGUUCAGGUUUGCGAAGGUUGGUAUGGCAAGGGUGAAGAAGCCAUAGAGUUAUCACAAGGAGACGUUCUCAUACUUCAUACUUAUAAGGAAACUCCAUGCUUUACCGCUUCAACUGAAUACGGUAAAGAAGUAAAUAUUCCUUUGAAUUUAUCAAAGAAAGUUUAUGUUUAUUACGAGAAAUCAUUAAAGGAUGUUAAGUCACCCGGACGUCUUGGCGAACUAUUUCCUCAUAAAUACUCAAGUGUUCGCCUUCAACGCGACCUUAAAAAUUGUCUGGAUAAGAAAGAUAUAUAUCUUGCAGGCGACACUUUACAGGUAAUGGAAUUUGACGUUUCACGGAAGCAAUUGGUUUGCUUGAAUAAGAAAAAUUUCUACGUCCGGUUCAGUAUGGGCCAAAUUUCUCAUUUGACGGUAACAGAUGUAACCAUUGAUUCCUUUGUGCUCGCUGAUGUACAUCACCAAUUCAAGUUACCCCUAACGGUACGAUUUUUGCGACACGAGAAGCUGCCAGGUUUGAUUCAUUUUAAAGAAAUUGUAAGCAUAAAAACUGUAGUGGCGUCUCUAGGAAACGAAGAAUACGAAUCACUGCUGACUUUCCCAUCGACCCUGGAUAUCACAGUGUGCCCCCCAACACAAGAUAUAUUUUAUCACCAUGAGUACCAAAAGCACGUUAAUGGAAUUACCAAAGAAGUUCACAUGGAAAGCGUUCAUAAAGAACUAAAGGACAGCGAGAUGUACGAGACCAUCGAAGAGUUAAACACCAAAGCCGUUCCUUAUUCCGUGUUUCAUUUCAAAAAUCCUAACCAGACAGUUACGUCGAGCAGCAUUGAGCAACACAAAGAUGACAAUGAACCCAAGCAAAGCGAAGAUACUGAAGGGACGUACGAAACAAUGUCGGAUAAAUCUUUUUUGUCAGCGUUGACACCACAAAACCAUUACGUAGCAGAUCCAUCUAGCCAAUCAAAAGAUGUAUGUGAACUGAUGUUACCAUCAGUCAACGGGAAAUCAUUAAACACAUUGAAUAAAAAAAAAGAUGUUGCUGCUAAUGAUCAAGUUAGAUCUGCAGUAUAUGAGCAAAAAACAUUACACACUUCAAACUUAUCAAAAUCUACAUCCAAAUCUUUACCUUCCAACAUCAGCGAGUUAAGAAAAGACAGAAAAUGUCCUUCACCCACAAGACCUCAUGAACAGUCGCCGUUCAGCUGCAAGAAAGAUCGCUUUAGCACUGAAACAUUGUCAAAUAAGGGAGAAUUUCCUUAUAAAAACGUUAAAUCGUCUAAUGAAGAGGAGAUGUAUGAUGAAGUACGUCCUGUUUCUAAGAAGGAAGUUGACUCUGAUGGUUACCAAAUACUUAAUGUUGUAAGAAGAAACAAGCCACUAGUUACAGUCAACGAUGUCUGUAAUCUUUUAGAAGAUUUAAAUCUCUCGCAAUUCUGUGACCUCUUUAAAAAAGAACAGGUUGAUGGAAAGAUCCUUAGAGAUAUGGACGAGGAAAUGUUAAAGUCAUAUUUUAAAAUGACUUCUGCUCAUGUGUUGGAAUUACAGAAGGCCGUGAAAGAAAAUUUCUGACGUGAACGAUUCAAAGAUAGUGAAGGACUGAGACAGCGAAGUUACAUGUACACGAGUGUAUUCUGGUACAUACGAUAUUCUGAAACUUUUAACAUCAAGAAUUCUGACUCCUGACCACGUUUGAACAUUGUACUAAAUUUUAAACGCUUUACCUCAUAGUCGACAUCAAAUUGUUGAUAGCGGAGAUAGUAGUUUUGUCGUCUCUUAAGUAUUGAGUUUUAUACGUUUUUUUAGUUAAAGGAAGCAACAGUUUUAAACGAGACAGCUUACACAAAGUAUUUUUUUUACCUUUUAUUGUGAUUAAAGUUGGAUACAUCAUUGAAAAUCUGACAAAUUGCGAACGUGCGAAAAAUUAUUCGUAAAAUAAGACAUCUCAGAUUUCAGUGACAACCAUGCAAUUUGAUUUGUUCGAAUUCACUAAGAAUUCUUCAAUAUAACGUUCUAAUUCAUAAA